CCAUGUAUAUAUAGUCAAAGUUUAUGAGAAAAAAAUUUCUUUCGAAUUUCAACUUCCAACUUUCAAGCUUUUGAAGUUUUUCAGAAACUUUCUCAAUUAUUAUUUUCAAAAAGAAAAAGUAUUGUUCAUUUCUCAUUUCUAUAGACAGUUUGAAAUCACCGAAAAAUUAUGAAGGAAAUAAUGGAUUCAGAAGACUCGAUCGAUAAAAAUAUUGUCAAAAAUAGAGAACUAUUGUACAGGUUAAUGGUCAGUCAGUUAUAUUACGACGGGCACACAGGACUUGCGACAAGCUUGUCUACUCUGAUACAAGCUGAUCCACCAUGUCCUCCUGCAGACAGACUCUAUCAUUUGACUAUGAUUGGAUUAAAACACGAACCAGACAGACAGAAGAGAAACGAGCAAAAUCCAGUUCUCGGAUUGAAUCCAAUACAAGAAAUUUUAAUUGGUCCUGGAUUAGAUUUGGAAUUCGAAACAGAUGUAAUAUCUACUGCACCAGAGCCAGCGUUAUAUGAAACUGCUUACGUUACAUCUCAUAAAGGUCCUUGUCGAGCAGGAGCAUUCAGUGUUGAUGGGCAAUUGAUAGCUACCGGAAGUGUUGACGCUUCUAUCAAAAUUUUAGAUGUUGACCGUAUGUUAGCCAAGUCUUCAGCAGAAAUCGAUAACACCACUGAUACUCAAAGUCAUCCGGUGAUUCGUACGUUAUAUGAUCAUGCUGAAGAAGUAACAUGUUUGGAAUUUCACCCUUCGUCUACUAUUUUAUUAUCUGGUUCCAAAGACUGUCAUAUUAAAAUGUUUGAUUACGGUAAAGCUUCGGUGAAAAAAGCUCACAAAGUGAUCAGUGAAAGUGAACAAAUUCGUUGCAUGUCGUUUCAUCCUUCUGGAGAUUUCAUUGUUGUUGGUACCAAUAGUCCAAUUGUAAGAUUAUACGAUAUAAACACGAGUCAAUGUUACGUAGGCGCUGCACCGACGUAUCAUCAUACUGCUGCGAUUACAUCCAUCAAAUUUUCACCUGGUGCGAAAUAUUUCACCUCAAGCAGUCGUGAUGGUAGUAUCAAAUUGUGGGAUGGUGUUUCGAAUAAAUGUGUCAAUACUUUUCAUAAAGCGCAUGGAGGUGCUGAAGUGUGUUCUGUGACAUUUUCUAGGAAUGGAAAAUACAUUUUAUCUUCAGGCAAAGAUUCGACCGUAAAAUUAUGGGAAUUAUCUACUAGUCGAUGUUUGAUUGCUUAUACGGGCGCAGGAACGACAGGAAAGCAAGAGCACAGAGCGCAAGCUGUUUUCAACCAUACAGAAGAUUACGUCAUGUUUCCGGAUGAGGCUACCACUUCGCUUUGUGCCUGGAAUUCCAGAAAUGCUUCCAGGCAGCAGCUUUUGUCAUUAGGUCAUAAUGGUCCUGUUCGAAUGAUCGUGCAUUCUCCUCAUUCAGCGGCAUUUGUAACUUGUUCGGACGAUUUCAGAGCACGAUUUUGGUACAAAAAACAUUUACAUGUCCUUUAAAUGUAAUAAAAUUCAACUUUCGUUUUUAGAAUUACACUGAUUUAAGUUGUAAAUAAAAUAUUUUUAUUUUCA